UUUAAAAGUCAUGAGUGAUUAUUGUCUGACAGGUCAUUCAAGGUUAACAAUUUUACUAGUUUUAAACAUAAAAAACUCAUUCAAAAUAGAUAAUAACUUAUUGAAUAGGCUGGUGAAUAAAUAACGCUUUCAUUUUUUACCUAGUGACACCAUUUAAUGUUGUCUUUUUAUCAUUAUUAGGGUUUAAAAUGAUAUAAUUUUUAGUAAACAUUGAUUUGAUAUAGGCAACUAUUUUUACAUGGUGUCGUUCGUUAAAAAAACUUGAUUGUUAUGACAACAACAAAACAAGCGUUUUAUUGAUUAUUAAUUUAUAAAUAAAUUUAUCUUUAGCAUAAUAACUUAAUAGUUUAAAGUACAUAAGUAGUUAUACGUAAUAAUUCAAUUCAAUUUGUUUAACUUUACAUUAAUUCCAAGAUAAGUUGUUUGAAUAUAGGCAACUUUCAUUACAUCGGGUGUGAAGUAGGUAACAGAGUGUAACGUCAAGCGUAAAGUGCACAAGGUUAGCUUUUUAUUCAUUUCCAUUUUUAUUUAAAUCUUGAUUUACUCCGCCAUAAACUACAAUAAACAAUGCAGAACAUAGUAAUAGUGCUAUUUUAAUUUGAAAUGCACUUAGUUUCAUGCAAAAAACAACUUUUAUAACCCUGCAACAGGCCUAUAACGUAAAAUAUUAUCAUGGAAGUAAAAACAGAACCAAUGGAUGAAGUAAUAAUUAAAUAUGAACCCUAUGAAGAGACAAAUCCUGAGUUUGUUGACGUUUCUGAAGACCUUUUAUCAGCAAGCAUAAAAUGUGAAAAUGAAGCAGAAGAAGAACAACCUAUUCAAGAUCCUAUUCAAGAUAAAGUAAGACCUGUUCAUGUGAUACCUUUUAUAACUACAAAUCAACAUCAUACCAGCACAAUAUCUCCAAGUUUUAAUCAAAAUCCGUCUGAUCUCAGCAUUUUCUGGGAGCCAUUUCAAGAAGACCACCCAAGAAAUCAAAUUCCAGAGGAACCAGUAACAAAUGUCACUCAACACAUGAAUUUCUAUGUAGGUAAACUCCUUCUGCAUUCAAUAUGUGGUGGACACACAUCACUCAAACUCCCUGCAGGUUUUAAAAUGUAUUUUAUCAAAGACCUCGCGGAAUUUAAUCUGUUAAUCGCACAAAUGACUGUUGAGGAUGGUUUACCGGUGAUGAAACGUCAAAUUCUCAUCAAUAGCGCAUUACAAGUCUCCCUGUUUUUCGGCACGCGUAAAAUAACGAAUAUUUCUUUAUGUAAAUGGCCAAUUAACGGUGUGAAAUGUAUUCGGUUACUUGUGGAGCGUUUUGCUAAGUUUAAGUGGUGUAGAGGUUUAUCUGCAGGCGUACGGAUAGAACGCUGGUCUUCACUGAUGAUGCUGGAUAGUUUGCAUGAUACGCAUAAGUUUCGACACUUGCAUUGCAAGUCGGUGCAUCGUAAUGUAGGCGAUCAGUGUAGACAUUGCAAGUAUUUAGAAACAAGAGAUAAGAAGAUUGCGCUGGUGAAGCGGCAGUGUUAUGUGACUUGUUCAAUGUUGACCAAUUAUAAAUACUGGCGGGGUAUGCAGCAAGGCGUGCGCAGGUUGAAGAUGAGGAUUAAGAGACUGCAAAUGGAUAAAAAUCGGUUGAAACGGGAAUUGCAGCGUGUUCAAAGUAAUCGGGUGCUGAUUAAUGAGGAGAAUAAUGUACAAAAUGAUGAAAUUAAACUUGAGAUUCACUAUGAUGGAGUUAGGAUUUAAAUUUAUGAUUUUUUUCAUUAUGAAAAUGUGUUUUUUCAUGACACAAGAUAAAAUGACUUGUUUGAUGAUAACUUAUUGAAUUCAAAACAUUUUACUAUGAAUUGAGAGGCAUUUGAGUGUUAAAUUGAGCACAUGGGUAAUGUGGGACGUUGAAACGAGUGCGUUUGUUGUAAAAUAACAACAAUAAGUGAGAAAUAUUUAAUUGUAAAGUUUAAAAAUUGAAAUUGAUUAAUUUUGUUGAGGAAAUGUGUUGAUUUGGUUGGAUGUUUAAGCAAUAAAAGGCAUAAUUAACGAAAUAAUAAGUAAUUAGACCAAAAAAUUACUAAAUAUGCACUAAAACAUCUUAAUUUGUUAUAUUUUCAAUCAAAAACAAUAUAUUUUGGAGUUGUAGUUGUUGAGGCGUAAUCUUGGUUGCAUACAUUAAAUAUCCAACAUAACUUUUUAAUAUUUUAAAAUCUUAAAGUUUUAUUAAAAUUAAAUUGAACAAAAUAUAUAUUAUUACAAGUUAAGUAUUUAAAAGUUAGUUUAUAUAAAUAUCACGUACAUUUCCACAACAUUUUCUUUGUAUUUCUCUCGAAAAAUAACAAGUAUUGUGGUUUGCCUAACAUGAAUCAUUUAUUUAACUUCACUCACGAAUAAUAGUUGAGUUUAUUUAGUAAACUUUGAAGUAAAUUUAAAUAUAUACGUGGUGCCGCCUCCGUGAGGUUUUCCUCUGCACACACAUCGUCCGCAUUGCCCAAACGUGAGUCUCGAUUCAUAAUAAUAAUUAAUAUUUUCUUUGUAUUGUUGCGACACAAUAUAACAUUCAAUAACACGUGCUGGUUCGACGGGCUCAAAAUAUAACAACCAAUAACAAUGCGAGUGGACAACUUAAAACAAUACCGCAUAUUCGCUGCUUUCUUUGAAUGAAUUAAUCAUUGUUUGUGAUUUGUGCAGUUAACACUCCAACAUCAUCAAGUCUUAAGUCUUAUAACCUAAGAAUUACACUGCACAUAACCUAAUCUAACCUCACUUUAUUUUUAACGUGGAAAGCAGAAGCAGGAAAUCAUUUGCCUUGCCUCGCACUUCAAAAUAAUCACCAGGAAAUGUCAUCGUAAUUAAAUUCGUCAUGGCCGCGCCGAUCGGAAUGCCACUAAUUGGAUUCCUCCUAAAAAUCGUAUUCCUUAUCACUUUAUUCGGCAGCACACACAGCGUCCCCACCGUCUCAACUGGCUCUCAUUCUCUCACGUCCAACCAUCACAAUCACAAUUCCAAUCCCGCUACCGCCGCUUUGCAGUCACAAUCCGUUCCAUUGCUUCCUGACAGCACUUCCAAUACAUUAGUCAUCGCUACCGCAUCCACUCACUCAACUCCAACUCCAACUCCAUCUCCAACCAUCGAACACGAUACUAUUUCACAAACUCUAAACGCCAACACUCCACCACCCUCCAAACGCAUCACGCCCAACCAUCUCGACGAGGAAACUUCAACAAAAAGGGUAUCAACUACCACUACGCCCAACGCCACUAGAAAUAAUAUUAAUACUUCCAAGUGUGAUGAUCUGGAUGAUCUAGACGCUGCUUUAUUCGGAAAACCGUAUGAAGAACAAGUAAAAAUUUAUUAUUGUAAGAUUUACGAACAUAUAGCGCCGAGGAUAUGGACAUGGGUGCUGAUCGCUUGUCACGUGGUGGUUUUUGUUGUGGGGUUGUUAGGCAACACACUGGUCUGCGUGGCGGUUUACCGUAACUGCGCCAUGCGUACGGUGACGAAUUAUUUCAUUGUUAACUUGGCUGUUGCUGAUUUUCUAGUCAUUUUGUUUUGUUUGCCGCCUACACUGGUUUGGGAUGUGACAUCCACGUGGUUUUUCGGGGAUGUUAUGUGUAAAGUCGUUCUAUAUCUACAGACGGUAUCGGUGACCGUCUCGGUGCUCACGCUAACCUUCAUUUCGAUCGAUCGCUGGUACGCGAUCUGCUACCCGCUGCGCUUCAAGUCGACGACGCGCCGCGCGCAAACUGCAAUUUGCGUCAUCUGGCUGGUGUCCUUAUGCCUGGACAUACCUGAAUUGAUAGUCAAUGAAACGCGAAGUUUCAAUCACAAGUUGAACAUUGACACCGUAUACUUCACCCAAUGCGUGGCCACGUGGAGCAGCCAAGUGGAGCGCAACGUGCAGAUAUCACGCAUGCUGCUGCUGUACUUUCUGCCUUUGAUGUUAAUGAGCAUCUUUUAUGUGCAAAUCAUACGUGUGCUCUGGCAAUCCGGCACGGUCACGCACAACGGUAUUGCUGGACGUCACUUUAAUUUCUCAAUGGUAUCGAAUGCAAGCACUAAAGGUCAGCUGCGUUCACGCAAGAAGGCAGCGAAGAUGCUUGUUAGCGUCGUUGGUAUGUUUGCAAUUUGUUAUUUCCCCGUUCAUCUUUUAUCACUAAUGAGGUUAAUGGUGCGUCUUCACAGUAGUGAUUUUAACAAUGCUAUUGCCAUGAUUUCACAUUGGUUGUGCUAUGCCAAUAGUGCCCUCAAUCCUUUAAUUUAUAAUUUUAUGAGCGAAAAAUUCCGAAAAGAAUUCAAGCGUACUAUUCACUGCACAACAAGCACGAAAGACUCUCGUGUGGAGCUGAACGCAAUUUGGAAAACACAAUUGCGUAAAGCACUUAGUUCCUCUCUGGGCAGGAGUGAUACGAAUCGCACCACAGUGACAUCAACUACUUAACCCUAACCUAAAAAAACCUAAAAAAAAUUACUAACCAUUAAAAAAUUUAGUAUUUAAUAUAGAAUUUAUAUAAACUGUGCCAGUUAAUGUAUUAAUAGGGUUAAAUGUUUAUUUUACGAGAAAUUACUGUUUGGUUGUUAAACUAAUCAAAUGUAAAACAUAACAUAACAUAACAUAUAAAUAUAAAACGCA